CUUACCAGACCCACUUGCCAUUUCCCUCCUUCCACUCACACACAGAGAGUGUGAGUGAGAUCCCACAUUUCACACUGUAACCACCCGCUCCAGGAGAGCGAAAGAGAAAGAUCGGAUCUUGGCCGGCGAGUUCGACAUGGGCCAUCUCAGCCUCCCGUCGGGCAGGCGCUCACCGGUGUCGCGCCAGUGGACGCUUCUCGACCUCGCUGCCGCUGCCUUCUUCGCCGCUGUCCUAGUCUUUUUCCUCCUCCUGUUCACCUCCCUCGGGGACUCGCUCGCCGCCUCCGGACGCCGCGCCCUCGCCCGCUCCUCCAACUCCGAUCCCCGCGAGCGCCAGCGCGUCCUCGCCAUCCUCGACCCACCUUCUUCUUCUUCUUCUUCCUCUGCUGGCGGUCGAGUCGUUGUCAUCGAAGCCUGCUCGGAGGACGAGGUGGACAACAUGCCCUGCGAGAACCCACGUCUGAACAGUCAGCUGACUCGGGAGAUGAACUUCUACCGAGAGCGCCACUGCCCUCUGCCGGAGGAUACACCACUCUGCCUUGUCCCGCCACCGAAAGGGUACCGGACUCCUGUCCCUUGGCCUGAAAGCCUCCACAAAAUAUGGCAUGAUAACAUGCCAUAUGACAAAAUUGCCGAGAGGAAAGGCCAUCAAGGUUGGAUGAAAGAAGAAGGAUCAUAUUUUGCAUUUCCGGGUGGUGGGACUAUGUUUCCUGAUGGUGCUGAACAUUACAUUUCGAAACUUGGGCAGUUCAUCCCUAUAAAGAAAGGCCUCAUACGGACAGCUCUGGACAUGGGAUGUGGGGUGGCCAGCUUUGGAGGUUUCUUACUCAAGGAGAAUAUUAUUACGAUAUCAUUUGCUCCAAGGGACUCACAUAAAUCUCAAAUACAAUUUGCAUUAGAAAGAGGGAUACCUGCAUUUGUAGCCAUGUUGGGCACACGGCGACUACCUUUUUCUGCAUAUUCUUUUGAUCUAGUCCAUUGUUCUCGGUGUUUGAUUCCCUUUACUGCUCACAAUGGAACAUAUCUUAUUGAAGUGGAUCGUUUAAUUAGGCCAGAAGGAUAUUUAGUAAUAUCUGGUCCCCCUGUUCAAUGGACUAAACAGGAAAAGGAGUGGGCUGAUCUCCAGUCCAUGACUCAUGCCUUAUGCUAUGAACUUAUUGCCGUUAAUGGUAAUACUGCAAUUUGGAAGAAGCCUUCUGGAGUUUCAUGUCUCCCUGACCUAGUCAAUUUUAGGCUUAAUCAAUGCAGUGAUAAUGAUGACCCAAACGAAGCAUGGUAUUUUAAGUUGAAGAAGUGUGUCAGCAAAGUGCCCCUUUCAGCAGAAAUAUCUAUUGGGGCUAUCCCUAAAUGGCCAGAGAGGCUGACAAAAUCUCCCGCAAGGGUCUCGCUUAUUAAAAAUGGGCUUGAUGUGUUUGAGGCUGAUACACAUCGUUGGGCAAGACGGGUUGCUUACUAUAAAAAAUCGCUUGGCAUUAAACUAGGGACUCCGCAUAUACGUAAUGUUAUGGACAUGAAUGCUUUCUUUGGAGGCUUUGCAGCGACACUAAGUUCUGAGCCAGUCUGGGUCAUGAAUGUUGUUCCUGUAAGGAAGCCAUUAACUCUUGGUAUCAUCUAUGACAGAGGUCUUAUUGGAGUAUAUCAUGAUUGGUGUGAAGCUUUCUCCACUUACCCAAGAACCUAUGAUCUGAUUCAUGUUGCACGAAUUAGUUCUCUGAUAAGGGAUUCGUCGGGCGAGAAUAGGUGCAGUCUUGUGGAUCUGUUGGUGGAGAUGGAUCGCAUUCUUCGCCCAGAGGGAACCAUUGUAGUGCGGGAUUCAGAUGAAGUGAUCAAUAAGGUUGUUCAAAUAGCUCAUGCAAUCCGAUGGACCGCUGAGGUCCACAAAAGCGAGCCCGAAUCUCACGGUGAUGAAAGAAUUCUUGUGGCAACCAAAACAUUCUGGACACUGCCCGCAACCUCAGUUUGACAACCUGAAUUAGUACCAGUGCUUCGCUGUGUUCAUUUUUUGCACCAGGGAGGGAGGGAGGGGGAAAUAAUCUACCUCAGUUUGACAACCUGAAUUAGUACCAGUGCUUCGCUUUGAGUUCAUUUUUUGCGCCAGGGAGGGAGGGGGAAAUAAUCUUAAGAGUAGUUAUUUACAUAAAUUCAAUUAGGAAAUGCAAUUAGUUGAAUUACAUAUUAUUUUGGGGAGUCUAAUACAAACUGUUAUGAUAAAUCGGAGUAGUUCUUUCUUCUGAUCAAAUUUCUAAGACUUUGUAAUAUAUGUAAGAUGUCAAACUUGUUCCAGUCAAGUGUAAUUCAAGAUGAGGCAAAUAAUCCGUUAAUAUAAUUUUAUAAAGCUAAAUUGCAGAUUUUAA